GAGGAGACAAAAACAAAUUUGCAUGACAAAAAAAACACCACAAUUUAUUUGAGAGAUCAGAGAGAGAGAGAGAGAGAGAGAGAGAGAUGAGCACCAUCACCAUUCCAAAGAACCUCCCAUCUCCUGAAGAAGACAGCGAGAAACUAAAGAAGGCCUUCGACGGUUGGGGAACUGAUGAGAACGCCGUCAUAGAGAUUCUGGGUCACCGAAAUGCAAAGCAACGGAUUGAGAUCGCCGAUGCGUACAAGCGUCUCUAUGAUGAAUCUCUCAUUGCUCGAUUGCAAUCUGAGCUCUCCGGUGAUUUUGAGAAAGCUGUAAUAUUGUGGACACUGGACCCUGCUGAAAGAGAUGCAAAGCUAGCUAAUGAGGCUCUGAAAUCAGUGAAGGGUGAUAAACAUUUAUGGCCGAUCAUCGAAAUCACAUGUGCUUCAUCCCCAGAUCAUCUUAUAAAUGUCAGAAAAGCUUAUUGUUCUCUAUACAAGUACUCACUCGAAGAAGAUAUCGACCUUCACUUAGCCCAACACCAUUCCUUGAGACAGCUAUUGGUUCGUCUGGUGAGCUCGUACAGAUACAAUGGCGAGGAUGUAGACGAUGCAUUGGCCAAAUCUGAGGCAGCUAAGCUCCACGAUGACAUCAGGAACAAUCAGCUUCAUGAUGAUGAAGUUAUUCGUAUACUUGGCACAAGGAGCAAAUCCCAUUUGAAAGCUACUUUUGAGCAUUACAAGCAAGACUAUGGGAAAACCAUUGAUGAGGACAUUGAGGGGAAUAAGAGCAAUGAUGAACUAAUCAUGUCACUGCUGAAAGUUGCUGUUCUUUGUUUGGACUCUCCUGCGAAACAUUUCGCAGAGGUGGUGAGGUCUUCAAUUGUGGGAUUUGGAACGGAUGAAGGCUCGCUUACGAGAGCUAUUGUGACUCGAGCUGAAGUCGAUAUGAAGAAGAUUAAAGAAGAAUACAAGAAAUAUGGUGUCAGCAUCAAUGAUGAUAUCAGUGGUGAUACUUCUGGUGAUUAUAAGAAUUUCUUGCUUACUUUGGUGGGGUGGGCAAUCCCAUGAUUAGAAGCUAUGACAGCAGCUUUGUCUAUGAUUGAGUAGCGUGACAUAAAUAGGAAAUGCAACUGGAUUGAAAUUAUGGUUAUGUUGUUGUUAGUAUUGGUAGUUUGGAUUUGUGUGUAGACAAUAAGAUGAAUUUCUGUUGUUAGUAUUGGUAGUUUGGAUUUGUGUGUAGACAAUAAAAGAAUUAUUCAUCAGUUGAAAGAUUUGAUUGAUUUGUUUCAUAAGA